UCUUGGCUUGGCUCUCAGAUGAGAUCCAAAGGCGGGCGGGCGCCAGUCCCGCUUUGAAGGGCCGCCGCUUGCCGCCGUCUCAGAGGGCAGACCAAAGCGGGCGGGCCCUCUUUGCCUGGUCCGCCCGUCGUGACCUCGACGUCGAAGCACUUUGUUUCUAUUCCAUCCCCGUCUCUAACGAAUCUCAAUCUUACCACCGUCAAGUCCCUCUGCCUUGCAUCACUCCUCUGGCUGACAGAGAGGGAGGCAAGACUCAUCGCAUAGCAGCGUAUCACAGCCUCAAUACACGAUCGCAGAGGCACUCCGAGUCAAGCCUCACACCCUCAGCAUGGAAUCGGGCGUUCCGGCCACAAUGGCAGCAUCGGCGUCCACCGCGACAAGCUUGCCUCUAUCGGCGCCUGCUACUGCUUCCUCUUCAUCUUCUACAUCAUCCACACAGCCCCUCACGCUCACCUCACAGGCCGGGUCAGACGAUCAGCCCGCCGAGCGUGCCCAGCAACCGCUCUCGGCGCCGAGUACGGGAGGAUCAACAGCUGCGACGGGGUCGUCUACCAGGGACGCGAGCUUGGGGCGAGAAGGAGCAGAGGGAACUGGAGAGCUGGGACAAGCAGGGCUACCAGCGGCGGAUGCAACCACACCGCCUCCGGACGAGUAUCCUAGCUUCUCUGGCGGCUUCGUACCUCCUCCUGAGGGCGAGCGACAACCUCUAACGAACUUCGCAUUGCCGGAGGGCAGGUCAAGAGCCGUAGCGCAGCAGAGUGAGACAGCAGCAGUAUCUUCCACAUCAACGCCACUGCAAGUGAGUUCCGGUAUCAGUGCGGGUCCGCGGACACCAGCUCAUCGUCCCACUCCGCUCUCGCAGACCUCACAGGCCGCUCAGUCGCAAGUCGACCCAGUGACAUCUCAGCUUUCUUCAGCUUCAAUGUCAGACGCCCCAGAAUCAUCAUCGACCGCAGCUGAGGCAUCAGGCAGUAGCUCCCCACCAAGGGCUCCCGCACCGCCUCCCUCGCAGCCGCAAAGAAGGCGCUCCUCUUCAACGGAGCGCUCAGCGCGCAAUCGCGUUUCCUCUGGCUCUUCAUCCUCUUCCUCCGCUGCCGCUGGACCGGCGAUCGCCACCGUCGCUUCUCUUGCAACCGCUGAUGCAGGCCCGUCCGGCUCCUUCACACCUCUGGGCCAAAGCCAAAUGGGCAGCAGCAGCGCCGCGAGCAUGACGAGCAGCUGGGAUGCUAGCCGCCUAUCUGUACGCAAGUCCAAAACAGCAGAAGCAUGGGACAGUGCAUCACGACCAGCUAGUCUCGCCCUCAUACCUGUCAAGGUCCGCGACUUUGCCUUCCCGGAGACAGACCCGCGUCACGUAGGCGCGAGGGAUGUGAGCCAGCCUGGAGGUGGGCAGGACGGGCGAUACCAUCUGCAGGAGGAAAGUGGCGAGGUGGAAGAGGAGUAUGAGGAUGAUGAAGCUGAUGUGGGGGUUGGGCUAGGCAGAUGGCGCCGUCCCGCUGCGGGCGGGGCCAGCGGGGAUGACUGGGGUCCAUCAGCCGGCUACGACGAGGAUGAUGACGAUGUCGAAUUUGAGGGAGAUCAGGGGCAGAGAGGGGCUUCUCUCGAGCAAGAACGACAAGGCAGCGGCGGCUUUGUGGCCAGCUCGAGCACAGCAUCAGGGGGCGUGCCCAUGUCCGUGGACAGCCUGACCCCGGGGACGUAUCGAGUUCUCUACGACUUUGAGGCCGAGGAAGAGCAUGAGCUUUCCUGCGCUGUAGGAGACCAAGUCGAGGUCGUGGGGUCCAUUGAGGGUGGCUGGGCGGUGGGCAGAAAGAGAGAAGAGAGCAUCAGCGGAACCGGAAGGGAAGGGCUGGUCCCCGAGGGAUAUCUUGAGUGGGUGGGCACGAGCGGCUGAUCAUCGGUUGGGCAGGCAUGGCAUGUGCCAUCAUCGACGCGAUUUCGAUUGGCGAAGGGGCCAAGACGAAGGCUCAAGUUGAGGCUGUUUUGAUGUCUUUGGCCAAGGCUUGCAAUCUAGCAGUGUACCCGGCGUACCUCUCCUGCUCUCAUUGAGAAAGCGUUGCCUUGGCCGCCGCAUUGGAGCGAGAAGAGCAGUCCGUGAGCACGACGAGGUCGAC